UCUCGUGUAGUUUGAAUAGCGUACGUUAGAUUAGUGGAGCACGUCCGAGUGGGAAUGUUUGUGUUCUCUGGGUUUAUUUCGAUCUAUUGAGUAGCGUGGAGAAAAUGAACCACAGCCGCAAGUGCGUCCUUUGUCAUCGGCUCGAAGAGACGAAGACAACCGGACCCUUAUCGAAGAAAGAGCAGGUCACUGCCCACCAGAACUGCCUGCUCUUUGCGUCUGGCAUUUUCUGCACCGACACGCCGCAGUUCGACGACCUGUUCGGCUUCUCCGUCGAACAUGUGCAGGAGGAGGUGAAACGAGGAAGCAAACUGCUGUGUAAACGCUGCAAGAAGAAGGGCGCCACGGCGGGGUGUGAGGUGAAGCGCUGUAAGAAGACCUUCCACUACCCGUGUGCCAUGGAGGAGGGAGCCACGACAUUUGAGGAUAAUGAAAAUGGGAAAUUUGAACUGUACUGCCGAUUGCACAGUGAUCCAGAAAAUCGCAAACCCAAAACGUCCCGACCCAAGAACCCCAAUAAAGCCGGAUCAUCAAAGACUUAUUGCCUCACCUGUGAGAGGAAAGAGGGAAACAUCAGCUUGGACAGUUUAUCCAACAGCAUUGUUAUGAUGUUUUGUGCCCUGCAUGCUCCUCCAUCACUGCAGAUGAAAGCCAACGGAGAUCCUUCAGCUGCCAUGUGGUCGUCCUCAUGCAGCGACUCAUCAAGUAUAUCGCUUACCAAGAGACAUCUGAGUUUUGAUGAACAGGACGCAGACGGCGUGUCCAGGAGGAAAUCAGUGAAAAAGAGCAGGAUGUUGUCCGAUGAUUCUUCAGACACAGAUGAGGAGGGACUUAUGCCGCCUUUAGAGUCAGACUUUGAGGAAAGUGCGACCUUUGUGCAGGAGCAUGAAUCAGCUCUCCCGCCACUCAUCAGCAGGGAGUCAGAAGAACCUUCGCGUUCCUCAGCAGGGUUUCGGGUAGAAAAUAUAAAUUCAGACUUCAAUCACAACGACGACACCAUCAUACACUCUGAUGCGGAGUCCGAGAGUUUGCUGUCCCCGGUGGCGGACGGCGCCGAGUUUUACCCGGAUCCCUCACCUCGAUCCGUAACUGACGAGCGUCUGCAGGUUCAGCUGAUGGAGAAGGCGGUGCAGACGAUAAAAAGAGAAAAUCCAAAGUCCAGACCUGAGCAGCAGGAAGAACACGUCAGCGGAUCGUCCGUCCCUCAUCAGAGUGCCGCCGCCCUCUACCCUUACCCAGAGCGCUCCAGCAGCGCUCCGUCGUACACCAGCUCCAACUUCACCGCAACUCCACCCAGAGCCGACUGCGCGACUAUUAUCUCGCCCCCGCCCCGUUCAUCCGCCCCACACUCUCCCCACACUCCUCCUCGCUCGGAGCGCUCCUCCACCCGAGCGCCUCCCUCACCUGCCGUCGACUCGGCCGGCUUCUGGAGGAGCUGCAACGCGGCUGGAUGUACGCAGGCCAUCUUCACCGAGUUUAUUAGAGAAAUUAACAACAUUUCCAGCAGAAUCCAGAGUGAUCAGGCCAGCCAGGAGGAUUAUGACCAGGCUCUUUCAAUGAUGCGGGCUUCUGGAAGUCUCUCAGACCUGGUUACCAAGCAGAAAGAAGAGUUGGAGAGGAGACAAGUGGAGCUGCAGCGAGCGUCGGCAUCUCUGAAGGAGGCCGUCUCCAUUCUUGAGAUGGUGGGACGUGGCACAAAGAGAAGCUACUUUUAAUCAGUGAUCUCCUGGUUUUAAUUUACAGUUUUACUCAUUAGGUUUUACAUUUUUAUAAGGAAAUUCAACUAACUGUAGUAAUAUCAGGCUUCCUGAUAUGUGAAAGCAAUAUUUUUAUUUAUGUCCUGGAAGAUCACUGAGCCUUUUGGCUGUUUACAGAAACGUGUUCAGAGUUUGGUUUUAGAGUCUGAAAUGUCAAAACUCUUAACUUUAAAACAUAUAUAUAUAUAUAUAUAUAUAUA